AUGAAGCUCACCAACUUGUCUGUGCUGGCUCUCUCGGCUUCACUCGUAAACGCCCGCUUUAUCGAGCGCCAUGAGAAGGAUCAAGUUGUGCUGGAUGUCGCUACCGCGGACGCUGAGAGAUUCCUUAUCGAGCUUGCUCCCGGAAAGACACGAUGGGUGACCGAAGACGAGAAAUGGGAGUUGCGACGAAAUGGCCAAAACUUUAUGGACAUCACAGACGCGCGUGACCUCGGCGCAUUCGCAGCUACUACAUCGAAGAAGGAGCCCAGCUACCCAGCGAAGCCAACUCUUGAGAAGGAGUUAUUCCCGAUGAUAAAGAAUCUGUCAAAGACGAAUAUGCAGGAAAAUCUGGAGACCUUUACGAGCUUCCACACUCGAUACUACAGGUCAGACUACGGUAGACAAUCAUCCGAGUGGUUACUCGAGAACGUUCAGACGGUCAUCAGAGAUGCCGGGGCGGAUAAAUACGGGGUGCAUGCCAAACAUUUCACGCACCCCUGGGGUCAGAAUAGCAUUAUCGCCACGAUCCCGGGGAAGAGUGAAUCGACAGUUGUUGUUGGAGCACACCAGGAUAGCAUCAACCUAUUCCUUCCCCCCAUUCUCUCUGCACCUGGUGCAGAUGACGAUGGAAGUGGAACCGUCACGAUUCUGGAGGCCCUGCGUGUUCUUCUUACCUCCGAAGACAUUAUUAAGGGCAAGGCAGAAAACACAAUCGAGUUCCACUGGUACUCUGCAGAGGAAGGCGGGCUGCUGGGCAGUCAGGCUAUCUUCUCCGAAUACGAGAAGAGUGGUCGAGAUGUCAAGGCCAUGUUGCAGCAGGAUAUGACCGGCUAUGUCCAAGGCACACUUGAUAAGGGCAAGAAAGAAUCGGUUGGCGUUAUAACCGACUUUGUGGACCCAUCGUUGACUGACUUUAUCAAGAAGGUCGUCACCAAGUACUGCGAAAUUCCGUUCGUGGAGACGCAGUGCGGAUAUGCCUGUUCGGACCAUGCAUCGGCCUCAAAGGCUGGAUAUCCGUCUGCCUUUGUGAUCGAGUCGGCGUUCUCUGAUUCUGACCAGAAAAUCCAUACAUCUGAUGACAGUAUCAAGUAUCUUUCCUUUGACCACAUGCUUCAGCAUGCUCGUUUGACCUUGGCAUUUGUCUAUGAGCUUGCCUUUGCAAAACUGUGA